CUUGCUUCACCACUCCCAGGAGACCGCUUCUUCGACUCCCUUCACCCCCCUUCCUUUCUCCGCCUCGGCCUCGGUCGCCAUCGUGUCGUGUUUGACACCGUCCAUUCCUUUAAAACCAAUCAUAUCGCCCCCGGGUCGAGACCUCCAAUCCCCUCUUUUCCUGCACCCUCAACCUUCCAGGAUAGAAGGACAGGCUACCGACAUUCCUUUCGGAACCGCGAUUCACCUUCACGUUCUCUACCCAACAAGCACCGGCUUCUUGUCAUUCCUUCGCAACCCUUCUCACGAGACUUCUUUUUUUCUACGGCUCACUACCCUCCGAAAAAAAAGUUACGACUCCGUCCGACCUCCUUCCAACUUCAGCAACUACGUUGUUCAACCACACUCCUUUCCACACCACAAGGUCCUAGACGGAACCGUAUCAGCAGUGCUGCAUCACCACACACAGCUGGCUCUGAGAACCACCUCACGGGACAUAUUUACCUCCGCCCAUCAAUUCACUCCGAGGAAUAUCUCUUCCAUCACAACCCAACCUCCUUCCUCCGGACCGAAUCCCCCUGUUCGUUAGAUUCCGCGAAUCAUUCCAAGACAUCAAGCAACAGCAUCAAAAAGAUCUUCACUUUUUUCGAUACCAGCUUUAUCCAACUCACAAAAUGAAGUCUUCCAUCGUUCUUGCCGCCACUGGCGCCGUCUUGGCCAUGGGUGCCGCCAUCGACCCCCGUGCCCUGGAGGUUGUUCUGGACGUUACCUACGUGACCGUCACCGUCACUGAGGGCGUUCCCAUCGAGGAGCCUACUCCCACCCCUACUCCCUCCACCCCGGCUGUCUUCUACGAGGCUCCCAGCUCCGUCCCCAAGGUCGAGGAGACGCCCGCGCCUGCGCCCAUCUUCGAGACUAUCACCACCAAGCGCUCCGAGACUCCCACCCCGACCCCGACCCCGACUCCCACCCCCACUCCUACCCCCGAGCCUGUUGCCGCGCCCGUCGUCUCGGAGCCCGUCGCCCCCUAUGUUCCUGCUCCCGCGCCUACCGUUGUCGAGACCACUGAGGCCGCCCCUAGCGCCGCUCCCGCCGUCAGCGACCUCCAGAGCACGUGCAUCGACUCCCACAACAUUCACCGGUCUAACCACUCUGCCCCCGCUCUGACCUGGGACAGCGCCCUUGCCAGCUACGCCCUCAUCACCGCCCAGACCUGCGUCUUCGAGCACGACAUGACCACUGGCGGUGGCGGCUACGGUCAGAACCUUGCCAUGUGGGGUGCCACUGGCUCCGAGGGUCUUGGUGAGGCCAAGGCUGCUCAGCGUGCCAUCACUGAGCAGUGGUACAACGGCGAGCUCAACCUCUACACCGGCUAUGGCGAGGCCAGCCCUGACAUGACCAACUUCCUCCAGUGGGGUCACUUCACCCAGAUGGUCUGGGUUGACACCACCACUGUUGGCUGCGGCGUCCACUACUGUGCUGCCGGCACUCUCAGCUCCAUUGGCAGCUGGUACACCGUCUGCAACUACAAGUCCCAGGGCAACGUCAUUGGCAGCUUCGACAAGAACGUUCUGCCUCCCGGCAGCGCCGCCACCGUCAACAUUGCUUAAGCGGUGUGACGAGCUGACGAGCGUACUUGGAUUAUUUCAAGCAACUGCAUUUGCACCCUUCAUCCUGCCCGCUUGAAGCAUAACUGGGUUAUUUUGUUUGCGACACGGCCACUGGGUACGAGUGCGGAUGAGCUCCAUCACACUAGCGAGGCAUUUUUUUCUCUUCUACUGCUGUACUUUAUCGGGGGAUCGCUUGACUCUUUUUUCGAUCUCCUCGUCUCGGCCCCGGGACUCUUUGAAUCAUGCGCUUUGGUCGCCCAUAAAUGCCAUGGGUACAUUUCUCUUCAUACGGGUCUCGUUACGGCACUUGCGUGAUGGAUAGGCACGGCUGCGUCUUCCUGCGCCGGCCGAGGGCAUGAUUCAAGGAAACUGGACAUUGAUGAUGAUGCAUUUACGGAUCUGGCGUGGAACGACAAAACUUUUGGGGAAAGGGAACCAACCCACCAUUGGAACAUUGCAUUUUUUUUCUCUUCGCUUCUUGGUCUGGUCGUCGUGGCAAUCCUCUCGAGUCUUCACUUGAAGAAUCGUGAUGGAUCCGUCAGGCGAUGUAGCCCGCCCCCUGUUCAUGUCUCAUUCGGGUUCUUUGUACCUAGGAUUCUCUUCGAAACGAUUUUCGGGUUAGGGAGGCUGGUCAACAAGGUCCAUUUCGUUGUAUCGCAAACGUGUCUCGGCACAUUAGCCAUGAAGUCAAACUUAGU